GCAGAUUAGCAGACAAAGGAAGUACAACGGAACAUCCCAGCAAUGAACAAAGACAAACCGGGAGUUUAAGGGACGACUGGCAUUGAAUGCUGACGAGUAAACCAAGAGAUAGUCUGAAGCGGAAGAGGAUGUGGAAGAAGGAGCGAAAGGAGACUGAGAAUUAACAGGAGCGGCGCUGAACAGAGACACAAAGAAACUCUUAGUCAAACGGGAAAUUUAGGGUGAAUAAAGCAGAGUACGCAGGGAAAAGAGUUGGAAAAACCACACAAAAACGCAUGAACCGAUCUGGGAAGGCAAUAUUAGUUGGGGAUAGAGGGAGUCUGCAGAGUUGCGGGGAACGGCAGAAGUCCUCAUCUGAACUGUGCAUCCAAUGAGAGCCUCCGGUGUCUGCCCCCUGGAUAGGAGAGGUAGUGUUUCCAGAUUUUAAUGGACUUGCUCAGUCCUCAAGAAGCAGCGGUAGAGCUCGCAGGUGGAACAUGGAAAUGGGUCAUGACCGGGAGGAGUUUACACUGAGUGAACUUGUACGAGCGGUCGCGUUGUUUUAGAGCGCUGCGCGCUUCGGAUUAUGCUCUCCAACCUCAUCGGUGCCGCCUUCUGCUUCCAUUGAGAUUUUAAACCCACUAUAUAAUCCUUUACUCUGUUGAUCACUGCGUUCUUUACUUAAUGCAAACAUCGACAUGUUUGUCAGGACAGUUUUUCUCCUCUGCUUUGUUAAAUUCAUUCGCUGCAUGGAAAGUGAAAUUUGCUUUCCUAUUAGACUGGAUGACGACAGGGAUGACUUUGACAACGACGUGGACAUCAGUGUUAGGAAGCGUGUCAUAAAGUUACGAGUUUUCCAAGAAGAAUUGGUGAUUGAUCUACACCAAGAUUCUUCUUUCAUUGCUCCGUCCAUCUCCAACCAAGACGCGUUUUGGCUCUCCAACACUGAUGUCAGCAUUGAUUUGAGAGGCUGUUUUUACUCUGGCUUCGUGAACGCCGACAGCGAUUCAUAUGCCGCUUUAAGCCUCUGCAAGGGUUUGAAUGGUGCCUUUGGCUAUCAGGGCUGGGAAUAUUUCAUUAGCCCGGUGCGCAAUGACACCCGGAGCGCACGGGACGCGCACGUCGUCCGUCGCAGACGCAGCAACGACCUCAAGCAGAAUUCUACUUCCAGGUGCGCAGUGGAGAGCAACCUAAGCCCCUCAGACGCGCAAUCCCUGCAGAAGUACAGGCGGAUGACGGACCUCGACAAUGUCACCGAAACGAUGCUCAAGAGGAUGGGGAGAGCUAAAAGGUUCGCAUCUGUCCCGAGGUACGUGGAGACGCUGGUGGCUGCGGACGAGUCCAUGUUGAGCUUCCACGGAGAUGACCUGAAGCACUACCUCUUAACGCUGAUGUCGGUCGCCGCGAAGCUGUACAGGCACCCCAGCAUCCUCAACUCCAUCAGCAUCACGGUGGUGAAGAUCGUGAUUAUAUCCGAGGAGGACAAAGGUCCCAAGGUGUCCGGGAACGCAGCCAUGACGCUGCGUAACUUUUGCACCUGGCAAAAGAAGAUGAACAAACACAACGACAAGCACCCGGACUACUGGGAUACAGCAAUCCUCUUCACUAGACAGGAUCUUUGUGGAGCAUCCACCUGCGACACUCUUGGAAUGGCAGAUGUCGGCACCAUGUGCGACCCGAAGAGGAGCUGCUCUGUCAUUGAAGACGAUGGCCUACCCUCAGCUUUCACCACCGCUCAUGAGCUUGGCCAUGUGUUCAACAUGCCACAUGACAACGUGAAGGCUUGUGCAGAUGUGUUUGGAAAGCUACAGGAAAACCACAUGAUGUCCCCCACACUUAUUCAGAUCAAUCGCACCAGCCCCUGGUCUCCUUGCAGCGCCGCCAUCAUCACUGAGUUUCUGGACAGUGGACACGGGGAUUGCUUGCUCGAUCAGCCCCAGAAAACGUUAGCUCUCCCAGAUGUGCUGCCCGGGUCCUCCUAUGGUCUCGACCGUCAGUGUGAGCUCGCCUUUGGUGAAGGCUCCAAGUACUGUCCUUUCCUGCAGCCGCAAUGCAGUCGAUUGUGGUGCACAGGGAAGUCCAGUGGCCACCUGGUGUGCAUGACUCGACAUUUCCCCUGGGCAGAUGGAACCCACUGUGGCGACGGGCAGGUUUGUGACCGAGGAAUCUGCUCUAACAAACAGCUCCAAACUGUGAAGCUGGAUGGACGAUGGGGUAAGUGGGGUCCAUUCGGUUCCUGUUCCCGAACAUGUGGAAGCGGCGUUCAGCUGUCCAAACGGGAGUGUAACAACCCAGUCCCAUCAAACGGGGGCAAAUACUGCCAAGGAGUUCGGGUCAAAUACCGAUCCUGCAACAUGAACCGCUGCCCUGAGACAGAUAAGACAUUUCGGGAAGAGCAGUGUGAGACCUCUGGCCAGACUUUCAGCAGUAACCGUGUUGCCCACUCUGUAGUGUGGGUGCCAAAGUACUCUGGAGUUUCCCUUAAGGACAGGUGUAAACUCAUCUGCAGGGCUAACGGGACCGGCUACUUCUAUGUGCUGUCUCCCAAGGUUGUUGACGGGACUCCGUGCUCUCCAGACUCCACAGGUGUUUGUGUCCAAGGAAAGUGCAUCAAAGCUGGAUGUGACGGUGUAAUCGGCUCCACAAAGAAGUUUGAUAAGUGUGGAAUCUGUGGAGGCAACAACAAGAGCUGCAAGAAGGUGUCGGGACUCUUCACCAAGCCUCUGCAUGGCUACAACUUUGUUGUCAUGUUGCCAGUGGGUGCAGCCAACGUGGACAUCCGUCAGCGAGGCUACAAGGGAAUGAUGAGCGAUGACAACUAUUUGGCGGUGAAGAACAGCAAGGGGAAUUACAUACUAAAUGGAAAUUACAUUGUGUCCGCUGGCGAGAGAGAUAUCAUUGUAAAUAACAGCCUGCUGCGCUACAGUGGCACAACGGGCCUCUCCGAGACCCUGCAGGCUGUGAACCCCCUUGGAGAGGCCUUGACCGUGGAAGUGCUGUGCGCUGGCAAGAUAACACCCCCUCGCAUACGCUACUCCUUCUACCUCCACAGACAGACAAAGGAGGACAAAAUGCUAAAGAAGGAGGAGCACGCCAAUGCUGAGAACAGCGUCUUGACAAAAGAUGAAAUCCAAGAGAACGAAGAAGACAACUUAAAAAGCUCUUACAGCAAAAAUAAUUCUCCUGUAGGGAAAUGGAUAUCCGCAGCCUGGGACGAGUGCUCUGUGUCCUGUGGUCGUGGUUUCCAGAAGAGGAUGGUGCAGUGUCUAAGAUCAGAUGGGAAACCAGGGCUGGACUGUGAUUCUUCACAAAGACCCUCCGUCACCAGGGUGUGUGGAGACCCUUGUGCCGAGUGGCAUAUUGGGCAGUGGUCGCCCUGCUCCAGAACCUGUGGGAAGGGCUUCAAAAGACGACCUCUUCAAUGCAAAGACCAGACUGGGCUUCUGCUCCCAAGGGAUCUCUGCCAGGGCUUUCGUAAACCUCAGGAGCUGGACUUCUGUAACCUUAGCCCUUGUCAGUAAUUUGAAACUACAAAAAUCAAUAUUUUUUCCUGUUUCUUAGGAACCAAACUACAUCCACCAGCUAGUAGUACGUCAUAUCUGGUGGUUUCGUCUGGAUCUCUGGACUGCCAGAGGACAUAAAUGGAAAGGGCUCAGAAGAAAAACAAGAAUAUGAGAGAGCUGCACCCAAGGGAUGAAUGCUGGGAGAUUAUUUUCAGUGACAUUAGUUUAGCUUUCAAAGAAAUUACCCAGCCGUAGCUGAUGAAAGCUAAGUUUGAAAGUCAAAUGAAAAGUAAGCUCCCAGUACUGCUGGUUGAUACAGAAUUCCCACCUUUAAGCAAUCAGGUUAUUUAACCUAAGUGAGUCUGCAGCCCAUUUUAUGCAACAAUCGUUAAAGUGUCCAGACAUCAGAGUUUUAGCUAUAUCUUGCAAACAUAAAGUCAGCUGGGUGCCAAAAAAUAAAUACUCCAGCAAAAUUAGCUGAACUGGGUUAGGUUUAGGGACAGCUGACAAACUUCUAGUGUUUCCCACUGUGACAUUGUGGGGAAACACUGUGGCAUCAUGGCAUUCACAAAGAGUUGUACCAAUACUGUUGCAGCAUCAGUACAACUCUCCAGCGGUCAUUAGGUGAGAGUAGGGGUACGCCCUGGACAGGUCAGCAGUCUAUCACAUGGCUUGUAAUGUUACCAGAUGAACUGGAUCACAAAAGAUGGAUUAUUGACAACAUUGACAGGAAACGUUAUUUUUUUUCCUCGCAAUUUCCCGUUUGUUCCGACAUUCUAAAAUAAUCUAAAAUAUGCUUAUUUGUUUGAUAUCAGUGCUCUGUUAUUGCUCACUAAAAGUUUGAAGUCCAAUGUACCAGCACACCAAGUUUGUAUACUUCAUACAUGGUUUUAUAAGUUUUAUGUGUUCAGUUAAAGAUGCU